ACGGAGAGUGUUCAAGAAGAAUAGCACGACUAUCCAGGGAGAUAGCUUUAUGAGGAGGCCGGGUGAUGGAGCAAACGAGGAUGGAGGAGGGGGAGGAUGCUGGAGGCAACCGAGCUGGAGCAAGGCCACCUCCGGGACCGCCGGAACAAACUGACUUCUGGGAGGAUGAAGAUCGGAUUAGAUCCUUGAUGUCGAUGUGCUACGAUGACGGGGUAUAUCCAACGGAUCUUGACCACGAAGAGAUGCAAAUUCAAGGAAGAGAGGUUAGCUUUAAAUUAAACACAUCUCUGGACGAGAUCAAGGUGAAGUGGCUCAAGGAAAGGAUGGUUUCAGUUAUCUUCAAGGAGAACGCAAGAUUCUUGGCCCAGAAAGUCAAGGAUGACAUAAUUCGCGCAUUGGAAGAUAGAUGGGUGUUAGGCAGUGAGCGCUUCACGGCAGAGGCAAGAAGAGGAAGAAUCAAGAUAGAGGGCCCUUAUGCGCUCUCCUAUGUGGCAAAGUCAAGAGAAGUCGUAGCGUUCAUGAUAAGCGAAGGAGGAGUGGACAUCCCGCUAAGAAAUGUGGAGUACAAAGUUCAGUUCAAGCCUUGGAUGACGAAGGCGGAAUUUAAGGACCUACGAAGGCAAGAGGACAAGCGUACAUUCUGGGUGUUGGCCAUCCAGGUACCCCUAGAUGUUUAUGCGCAGAUUCAGAAGGCGAUGGCAAGAUUGCGAGGCCCACCCUCUGGAUGCAGAUCCUUUGAGACCAGCGUUAGUUAACGCCCGCUUCGAUAUUCACUCGGAGGCAAGAGGAACAUGAGGGACAAGAUGACAGUGUUCACAUCCAAGGGCGA